GCAUUAUAUUUUCAAUGCACACAGAUUAAUGAGAAGCCCGCGCCUUAACAAAUUUCCAUGAGGUUUGAGCAAAUGAGAACGUAGCGCCACCAGCGUAGCUCGUCUAGACCUGGCGUCGCGGCUACAUUUUGUUCACUCAGCUUUAGAGUGACACGCCAAGGUAUAUAUUCCUCCUACCCUUAGAGCUCGGUUCAGAAAAGCACAGCGUUGGAGGCUGACGUACUGCGCUGAUUAAGUUUUCCACGUCAGAAAGUGAUCAGCCCUGACGUGCGGUGGAGUUGUGAAGGCACACAUGGUUGCGGCUAAGGGAUCUGCUACUUCACGCAUGCAGACCGCACACUUCAACACUCACAGCCUGCCAGAGGAUUUACAUUCAUUCACGAUUCAGCUUAAACAGGAAUACUGGAUUAAUCCCAGAAAACGCACACACCUCUAUUAAGUGGGACGACAUAAUUGAGAAAACAGAGGUUUCCCCUAGAAUCAUGUGGGGACUACGAGAACUGCUGUGGAUAGGCUGUGGGGUCCUCUUGCUCUCACGUUUACCUGUGGUGGACGCCACACCCGUGGACUUGCUACAGUCCACAUUAUUCAAAAAACUCCGGAGCAAUAGCGAUGGGGGUGGUGACGGAGAUGACGACGGCAAUCGGGGCGCGCGCAUUCCUGACUCUUGGCUCGUGGGUCUCAAACCUGAACCCUCGGAUAAACUGCCUGUACCUCCCUUAUUAGAGUCCGAAGACACUUCCCUGGAUCCAAGCUUUCAGGAUUUCGACAAAGAAACGUUACUGAAACUUUUAGGGGAUAAGUACGAGCCGCUGUAUAUGUCUACAAGACAGCCGUAUGAAAGCAUUUAUUCACCAAAUGGAACGCUGGAAUAUGACUUUAAAAACAACCGCCGGCCCACGGGAAAGAUGCCACAUUCUAUUAGAAAUAUGGAUUUUAGUGUUCUGCAUCUUCCAGAGGGACCUAAUAUUAAAACAAAAAUUGGACAUAGAUUAAGCAAAAAACUCCAGCGUUUACUGUGGGCCUACACGUACUGCCCAGUGAAUUACGUCUGGAAGGAUCUAGGGGUUCGAUUUUGGCCACGCUGGCUAAGAGAGGGGCGGUGUUAUAACGGACGCUCGUGUUCUAUACCUGAGGGGAUGACAUGUAAACCCUCCGGCUCCAAGUAUCUGACGCUACUACGGUGGCAUUGUCAGGGAGGGAGGACUUGUCAAUGGAUUCCAAUUCAGUACCCAGUCAUUACCGCAUGCUCCUGUGGUUGCAAAGACUCCUAACAUUUUGUGCAAGCCCAAACACUGUGAUUAUUGUGAAUAGUGUACAUAGUAUAAAAAAAUGAAGCUAUAAGUUAUUAUGUACUGUAUAAUAGACUGCAUCUAUUUAAUUACCUGUUAUAAUAUUUCCCUUUUAAGGAUUAAAAUCUUAAGAUGCCUGGUGCCAAGUUGAGCGAGGUUAUUUUUUGUAAGUAUGUGAAUAUUUCUGUUUUUGAUAGAAACGUUUUUUUCCUGUAAAUAUGUAAUUUUAGACGUGACUGCACACAAAGCU